UAGCUCCAAACCAAGUCUUUCUCAAGAUGUCUGACCUUCGACGGACCUUUCUAUAGCUUUUGUUGCUGCCGCUAGCAAGUGAACACGCAAACGAGCAAGCCCAGUAUCAUGUCGUACUCAAACCCUGCGUUUGCCGCCUUGGGUAUCAAAUCGUUCAAGUUGCCGUCCAGAAACUGGAUGAUCUUCUGGACGGUUGUGGGUACGUUGGGAGGAGGUAUUGUCUACGACAAGUGGAAGCAACGCCAGCUCCGUGCCCAGUACAUGGAGAUGUAUGCAAACAAAUGCGCCAACUACCCUGUUGACGAGGUCCACAGAAAGCUCAGAAUCUACGUUUCACCGCCACCCAACGACUACCUGGAUGAAAGUAUGAAAUACUUCCGUCGUUUUGUGAAACCUAUCAUCAAUGCGUCCGGCGUCGACUUCGAGUUAGUCACCAUGGAGAGACAGGGUGACAUCAGAUACAAGGUUGCAGAGGAAAUCCGAGCACUGCGUAGAGAGAAGGCUGGAUUGGAGCCAAAGAAGAAGAAGGAGGAGGAUGACACUGGGAAAGAAGUGAGUGCUUCAACUCCGGCAGCAGCUGCAAACAUCAACCCUGUGUUCCAAUCAUACAAGGUGGAAAAUCCUAAGAACGAAGAGGGAGAAAUCAAGGCCGUAAGAGAUUUGUACGAGCCAAUGGACGUGUUGGGUGUGAAGAGAGUUUUCGGGGACUUCCAUCAACGGGUGGAGAACGUCAAAAGUGAAGAUGCACUUGUGACCAAUGUCAGAGACGCCGGUGGUAUCAUCUGUAUUGGGCGUGGUGCGUUCAAGGAAUACAUCAAUGGCGUCCAUGAAGGGUUGUUGGGACCACUUGAAGAGAAAGAGAAGGAAGACGAUGAGAAGUACGCACCGGCGGCCUACAUUUAUGCAAAAGAUUACAAGGAGAGUACCAUUGCGCCGGAGUUGGGGUUGGACAAGGUUGAUUUCAACGAUGACGUCCAGUUUUCCCGUGUUCUACAGACUUUGAGAGAUGAGAAGAGUGGGGUGCCGUACUUCUUUGUGCAACCUAUUUUGGAGCUUAGAAAUUACAACGUCUCUGGGUUCACCAGACAGCCCGAGAGAAUGUGGAGAUUCUACCACAAGAGAGAACAAUUAAUCGAAUACAAGGACAAGGUUGUUGAGUUGAUCGAGAGGAAAUGGUGUGCGUUCACAAGAAGUGAUCUCGACAACGGUAUUGAGGAAGAGGGAGAUUGGCCAUCAAGUUGGCUCAAGGUCGCCAAGAAGAACAAUAGUGAAUGGAUCAGAGAAUUUGAUGGCGAUGAUCGUGUGAUGAAAGUGUUAGCGUCGUAUAACUGCAAAUGCGACAAGGAUGCUGCUCCUGAUGCUACUUCUCUUGUUGACGAGACGCAAAAAUAGACUUGUAUAUAUGGUUGUUUCAACCGGUUCUGUUUAAAGUAACUUUGAACACGUCAUAGGUUAAGGAAAAGUCAAUGAUUUAUGAGCU